AUGCCAUACUCAACUGAAGCCACUAAGUGGAAUGCUUUCCAAUACAAUGACCCUUUCUCAGCUGACAAGUUCGUCGUAUGCCACAUCCCGUUGAAGACGUGCUGUCGUCCUAAUUGCGAUAUGGGCUUCCAGACCUCCAACCGGAGCCACGUCAAGUUCGUGGAUUCUGUUGAGGAGGCCGAGGCCGCAGGCUUUGUCAAGUGUGGCAGUUGUCUCGGUUCCAAGCCGAACGACUCCAAUGUGUUCUCCAUCGAUGUGGACCUACUGGUGAAAACUGUGGAGAGUGUGAACAGACAGAUUGGGUUCAUCCAGCCUCUGAUGGACUCGGGCAGCGAAACAGAGUCGGAGAUCCAGGAGUCUUUGAUCAAAAAGAACAGAGCAAAGAGGGACAUGGUUACGAAGAAUGAGACCGACCAUGUCAAGCUUAUUGACCUUGCCUGUCGUCACAUUGCACUCGCCGCUGCCUGUGCUAUCUUCAAUACUGAUGACGAAGAAAACGUCGGGAGUCCCGGUGAUGAUGGAAUCAAGCGCAGGAAGAAGAAGAGAGGUGGUGUUUUGGGAUUUAAGGAAUUAGCUGCCAAGUCCAAAUUGUCACCAUGGCAUUUCCACCGGGUGUUCAAGAACAUGACUGGAAUGACGCCGAAGACGUACGGUGACAAGUGCUGGGACUUUUUGCUGAAAUACAAGGACUCGAAUAACGGAGCCAAUGCCAUCACGAUUCCCAACCAGAUUGCAACGGUAUCAUCUGUCGUUCUGGAGUCACCAAAGAGUGGGACUUCCGAACUGAGUAAACCGUCGCCAGAUGCGCUUUCUCCAAAAACGCCAGAGUCUUACAUUUCCGAGUCGUAUGACUUUAACUUUGAUGGGUCAAACUCGUUGGGUGACGAAGAGUUUGCUGGCCCACGUGAAAGAUUCAAUUCCAUCUCAGUGCCCACUGGAUUUGAGUCUAACCACUCCAGAUCGGUCAGUCAUAGCUCUGGCUACUCUCCUUCCAUUCGCAGCUUCGACGAUGUACUCGUCCCAGUGGAUAUCACCAAGAAUAUGGGACUGGAGAACCUGGAGAGUCUGGACCAUUGGGAUUUGUCGUCUGGUCUUUUUGUGGACUCUUUUGCUCGGCAGUUUCCUCCUCAGGCGUUUUCCUCGGAGAUGGGUGUUCCCCUUCUAUCCAACCCAGAGGCAGAUGCCUUUGUCAACUACCAGUCUCCGGAAGCGUCCAACGAAAAACUGCCUUUCUCGAACGAAGAUUGGUUCUCGUCUUCAGUUAUGCACGACUACGCCUACUGA